UGAUCAGAUUUCGACUAUAAUCGGUGACGAAUAUUGUGUCGGAGCCGGUCGAUAAGCGAUAUUUCUCCGAAAUAUCGCCGGAAUUUUUCGAAAUUUCAAUCCUUGCUCUCCACCACACACUUCACGGUAGAGGGGACCACCACCUUCUAAGCUAUACCUAAGAGGCACCUUAUUUAAUGGCAAAUCUAAUGAAUAAAAUUUUAGAUCAUCUCUUUGUAGAAAACACGUCUUCUUUGGAUUAUCAUCUGGUAUCAUAGUCAAGUUGAUCAGAUGGUUAUCUCAAUCCAACCUACCAUCCCACUUUUUCAAGGAAAUGGAUAUGAUAGUUGGAGCAUAAAGAUGAGGACUCUUUUUAUCUCCGAAGAUCUGUGGGAGCUUGUGGAUAAGGGUUAUGUAGAAGAGGAAAUUCCAGGGGAUGCUAUGAGAGAUGUACGAAAGAAUGAUGCCAAGGCAUUGUUUUUUAUUCAACAAGCAAUCACAGAGAGUAUUUUUCCUCAAAUUUCAAAGGCAACAAAGUCUAAGGAAGCAUGGGACACUUUGCAAACAAAAUAUCAAAGCACAAGCCUGGUUGCAGCUCACGAUGGAGAUGGCAGCCAAACUGACAUCCCAGUCAUGGAUGACUCUGUGUAUAAGGCAGCAGCGAAGGGCGACAUUGAAGUUCUGAAGACAAUUCCAGAGUCCGAAUUUCAUGCCCAAUUAACCCCAAAGCAUAACACGAUACUCCACAUCGCAAGUGAAUUCGGUCAAACAGAGUGUGUGAAAUGGAUCCUUACGUUGCCUGCAUGUUCAUCUCUACUGCGAUGCCCUAAUCUGAACAGGGACACUCCGCUUCACCUUGCAGCAAGGGAAGGGCAUUUGAAGAUGUGGUGGAGUCAUUGAUUAAGAAGGACCCCGGGUUUAACUAUGGUGCUAAUGAUUCAGGUAUCACUCCUCUUUACAUGGCUGCGGAGAGAGGAUUUACAGGCUUGGUGAAACUAAUCAUAGACCAAAGUAGAACUUCACCCUCUUACAAUGGCUUAAUGGGUAGAACGGCCUUGCACGCUGCUGUAUUAUGCAAUGAUGAAGCAAUGACAAAUAAGAUACUGGAAUGGAAGCCAGACCUCACCAAAGAAGUAGAUAAGAAUGGGUGGUCUCCACUUCACUAUGCUGCAGAGAGAGGUUGUGAUCUGAAAAUAGUGGAGCUAUUGCUAAAUAAGUCAGAAAAGAGUGUACCCUACCUUAGGAGCAAAGAUGGGAAGAAGACUGCCCUUCAUAUUGCAUAUUUCCACCAUCAUACAGAAAUAGUAGAGAAGAUCCUAUCUCACUCUCCUGGUUGUCGGGAGCAGGUCGAUGAUAAGGGCAAUAAUAUUUUUCACUUUGCCAUGAUGAAAAAGGGAGAUGAUGAUUUUAAACCUAGUAAUUACGUCAAUAAAUGGUUAGACUCGAGAGGACUAUUAAAUGAGAAAAAUGCCCAAGGAAACACACCCAUCCACCUGCUCUCUCUUAAUCAAAUUUCAGAUUCUUGGUUUGUAUGGAAUGAAAAAGUGGAUAAGAAGGCGUACAACAAUCAAGACUUGACAGCUUAUGACAUAAUUUUGAGGGCGGACAUUUCCGAGAAAAAGGAAAAUAUCCAAGUUGCCUUCGAGUAUGUUAUGACUGAAAGUCAUUCUUCGGUUAGGGAGAAGGAAACUAAGAGACGGGAGAGAAAGAAAGAAAGGAAAGAAUACAUCUCUCAAUUACAAAAACAAGGGGAAACCCAUUUGAUAGUUUCUGCGCUUAUAACAACAGUAACUUUUGCUGCGGGUUUCACCUUGCCCGGUGGUUACAAAGAGGAUGAUGGCCAGGCAAUUUUAUCAAAGAAAGCAGCCUUUAGAGCAUUUGUUGUGACGGAUACCAUAGCCAUGGUAUCUUCACUAUGCGCCGUAUUGCUUCACUUUUUUAUGACCAUGCGCCAACGUGGGGAGUACCUUGAAAAACACUUACUUUGGGCCUUUAAUUUGACCAUGGUUGGGAUGGGAGCAAUGGCCAUCGCUUUCGCAACCGGCUCGUACGCUGUUUUACCGCAUUCCUCGGGCCUUUCAUUUCUCACUUGCAUCCUCUGCUCUUGCUUUUUCCUCUCCAUUGCAGUUGAAUAUUGUUUAUUUUGGAGAGGUACGAUUUCGGAAUUCAUAAUCAAAAUAAUCCACAAAAUCCUCCUUGCUUCUGAAAGAAAAGAAAAGAAAAUGCAGACGCGUAGAUGAGGGCUCCCGAAUCGAUCUUAGUCUUUAUAAUCCACUAUUUCUUGGGUUGGAUCAAAAGACUUUUUCGGGCUAAGCAAUAUAUCAGAUUAGUCAAUGGAUACAAUUGUGAAUAUGAAUAAUGUUAGUGUUUAUUGUAAAUUUGGAUGCAAUUGAUUCAUUGA